AGAUUCCACAGUUGCUUGACAUCGAUUAACCUCAACCAUGCCAGGAGAACCAGCAAAGACAGCACCCAAGAAGGGCUCUAAGAAAGCCGUUACCAAGGCCCCCGGCAAGGGCGGCAAGAAGAAGAGAAAGACAAGGAGGGAGAGUUAUGCCAUCUACGUGUACAAGGUGCUGAAGCAGGUCCACCCUGACACCGGAAUCUCUUCCAAGGCCAUGAGCAUCAUGAACUCCUUCGUGAGCGACAUCUUUGAGCGUAUCGCCGGUGAGGCCUCUCGUCUGGCUCACUACAACAAGCGCUCCACCAUCACCUCCAGGGAGAUCCAGACCGCUGUCCGCCUGCUGCUGCCCGGUGAGCUGGCUAAGCACGCCGUGUCUGAGGGCACCAAGGCUGUCACCAAGUACACCAGCUCCAAGUAAACAGCUCUGCAGCGUUAAUACAAUAAACCAAAGGCUCUUUUAAGAGCCACCCACUCUGUCUACAAAGACAAACUUUCCUGUUUAGGGAAUAUGCACUCAUUCUAUCUUAAAAAUACAUCGUCUUUUAUGCUGAGAAUAUAUGGUAACAACGUUAGUUACUAUAAUUUACUACUUCCUAAAUGUUAUAACAUAACGAUCACUAGUAAUAACUAAUAACAUAAAUCUCAUAGUUUUUAUGUAUGUUACUAUUCAGUAGGGGCUGAAUAAGUCAAGUACAAGAGGCUUAAUGUUUCCCAAUGAAAUUGAGUAAAAAAAAAAAAAACAGCAGAAACUUAUGUCACUCAAAUAAUUCAAAUAAUAAAUGUACUUUUGUAAGGGUCAUAUACCCAAACGAUCAGGAACUGAUUAUUUAAUCUUUAGUAAUUGUGUUUCAAAUUCAAAUGAACCAAAUAACUAGCUUUACAAUAAAUAUACUGGGAUUAACAGUAUUUCUUUCUAAAAUGGAGUUGAAUAGAGGUAGAAAGUGGUAGCAUAUUAUUAUUUAACACAUUCAGACCAAUGCUUCAGCCUUAUUCACACUACAUUUGCACUAAAAAUUGCUACUUUAACCUGUUAUGUGCCUUAAGUCUGUAUUUAUGGACUUGUUGUGUUGUAGAUGUUUAUUUUUUAAUAUUUAUUUUUAAAUAUUUUGCUAUGUAUAAACUAUUUUUGAGUGUUUUCCUUGCUGCACCAUGGGUUGUAGAUAUGGCAGAAUUGACAAUAAAGCAGACUUUGACUUUGA